GGGGGGGGUUCUCUAAGGGGCUCUCGCUCGGCGCGGCCAUGGAGGCGGACGGGAGCCAGGCUACCUCGGGGAGCCCCGGAGAGGCGCAGCACGACCCCGGCAAGAUGUUCAUCGGCGGCCUCAGCUGGCAAACCUCACCAGACAGCCUUAGAGACUAUUUUAGCAAAUUCGGAGAAAUUAGGGAGUGUAUGGUCAUGCGGGACCCCACCACCAAGCGCUCCAGAGGCUUCGGGUUCGUUACGUUCGCGGAUCCGGCGAGUGUAGACAAAGUCCUGGCCCAGCCGCACCACGAGCUGGACUCCAAGACGAUUGACCCUAAAGUUGCGUUUCCCCGACGAGCACAGCCCAAGAUGGUCACAAGAACAAAGAAGAUUUUUGUAGGUGGAUUAUCGGCUAACACAGUAGUGGAAGACGUGAAGCAAUACUUUGAACAGUUUGGCAAGGUAGAGGAUGCCAUGCUCAUGUUUGACAAGACGACCAACAGGCAUAGAGGAUUUGGCUUCGUAACUUUUGAAAAUGAAGACGUGGUGGAAAAAGUCUGUGAAAUUCAUUUCCACGAAAUCAAUAAUAAAAUGGUAGAAUGUAAGAAAGCACAACCUAAAGAAGUGAUGUUUCCACCAGGGACGAGAGGGAGGGCACGUGGAUUGCCGUACACCAUGGACGCCUUCAUGCUAGGGAUGGGAAUGUUGGGUUACCCGAAUUUUGUUGCAACCUAUGGCCGAGGAUAUCCUGGAUUUGCCCCAAGUUACAGUUAUCAGUUCCCAGAGCUGCACACAGACACGCACACAGGGACCCGCACACUGCUCCCCGUGCUGGCCUGUGGUUUCCCAGCAGCGGCUUACGGACCAGUAGCAGCGGCAGCCGUGGCGGCAGCAAGAGGAUCAGGUAGGGGGGCCCGUGGAAGAGCAAACCCUCAGAGUGCAGGGUCAGUCUUGAAUAGCUACAGUGCUCAACCGAAUUUUGGCGCACCCGCUUCCCCGGCAGGCUCCACCCCAGCGCGGCCCGGAGGCUUCCCCGGCGCCAACAGCCCCGGGCCCGUGGCGGAUCUCUACGGCACGGCCAGCCAGGACUCCGCCGUGGGCAACUACAUAAGCGCCGCCAGCCCGCAGCCGGGCUCGGGCUUCGGGCACGGCAUCGCCGGACCUUUGAUUGCAACGGCUUUUACAAAUGGAUACCAUUGAAACGUUACACUUGGUUGGUUGCCAUCUCACUUGGAGAGUCUCUCUGGAUGUCCGGGCAAGACAGGGCGAAGUUUCUGAAGGGGCCCACGGUUGGGUGAUCUCAUCAGACUUUGAGCACUACAUCAUCACCACCAUCACCAUCACCAUCAUCACCGCCGACGCAGACGGGAGGUGGCACCAGAAGGACUUGGGUUGUUUAAAAUCUCUCUCAUCAUCUCAUGAAUCUGCUGUACUAUAAAAACAACAGCUUUUAAAAGUAUGUAUAUAAAACCCAUUUCUGGUUGGUUUUAUUUUCUCUGGUGGGUUCCCCCCCUCUUUUUAAGCCUCUCCACACCCACAUCUUUUCGGAGCCCUUUUGACAUAGUCUCGUAGCCACCUAGUCGCAAUUCUUUGUGUAUGUAGCGAGAGCCUAACCAUAGUGUAACUGUUAUAUUAAGGGGUUUCUUUUGCUUCUUCUUUCCCACCGCCCCUCCUCCUCCUCCUCCUCCUCCUCCUCCUCCUCCUCUGUUUUACGUAGUUGUUGUUGCUUAAAGGAUGCUGAGAUGGUGACAGGAGCCUGGGGCGGCGGGCAGGGCUCGGGGAGGGGGGAGCAGCAGGUUCUCUGGCCCUUCUUUUCCUUUGUGGCGUUUCUUGGUUACUCUAAUUCUCUCUAUUUUCGGCAAUAAGGCGAGGGCGACAAACUUUUUGCGCGUCCUUUUUCUAUAUAAGUGCUUUUUUUUUUUUUUUUGUUGAAAGAGGUGAUAUAAGGUUUUUUGAAAUUGUGAAUUCUGAAAAAAAAAAAAAAGAAAAAAAUAAUAAAGUGCUGUAAAUACAAUUCCAUUAACUACAUAGAAACUAUUAAGAAAGAGAAAUACAAAGCUAUUUUUGUGAUGGAGUCAGCCUAAGGCAGUUUCUCUAUGGAAAUGGAUGAGAGGAGAGGAGGGAGUUGUGGCUUUGGGAGCGCUGCCGGGGGGGCUGUGCUGCUCUGGGACCCUCCCAGCUCACACCAGCAGCUCCCAGCUUACAAAGGAACAGUCUCGUGGGAUGUUUAUUUUCAUUUAAAACCUGCUUUUCCCAAAACUGAUCAAGAAGCUACGAUUUUUCCUACUUAGCGCAUUUACGGUUCAAAGCACACCUUUAUUUUGGGUUUCUUUUGGAUUUUGUUGGGGUUUUUUUUUUUUUUUUUUAUUUAGUCAUUGUUUUAAACUAGAUCAACUUGCUGUCCAGUCAUUUCAGCUGCUCUGGGCACCCCGUGUGGGCAGAGCAGCGUCCAGCUUGCAUGGUUUCCUUUAUUAUCCAUCACCUUCUGUAUUGUCAAAUUAGAAAGCAACUUUGGUUGGUUUUGAUUUCUUUUUUUUUUUCUUUUUUUUUUCUUUUUUUUUUUUUUUUUUUGGGAAUACCUCAGUGCUACAAGUUUCACCCUAGAAGCAACGGAAGAUUUUAAUUUAUUGUAGUUGUAAACAGAAUUUAAAAGAAAUAAAGUAUAAAACAUCAUUGCACUGUGACUGGUAGGGGAAAAACUGACAGUUUCCUAUUUGCACAUGUUUAAUAUUUGGCUGUUAUAUAUAUGGUCCUCUGUUGGGGGAGGAAACUUAUGAAGGAUAUUUUUUAAUUUAAUUUUUUUAAUAUUGGUAAAUAGGCCUGCAACAGCAAACUAGAAGUACAACAUGGUAGGUGGCAUUAAGAACAUACUGUAGUGUGGAUAUAUUUCUUCUUUUUUUAACGUAAUAUUGACAAGUUUUAUUAAUAUUUUUUUAAAUUGUUACGUUUAUAAAUUUGGUACUUUAGGUACAGCCAGUAUAAGACACUGAAUGCGACAUUUGUUAAAAAGAGCUGCUGCACUCCUAUUUUUGUAAAUUUUACUAACAAGUAGACUAAUGUAGACAUUCAAUAGACAAGGUAGAGCAAGGCAUCUUUAACAAAACAAGGCACCAUACUGCUAACCGAAAGGAGAAACCUUGUUUUUUCUUGUUUUUAAAAAAAAGAAUCAUGCUUUUUAUGUAAUAUUUUAGGUUUUUUUCUUAUUUCAGAACAACCAGGUUUAAGCAAAAUGCUGGACGCUUUUUAAAUAUUGAGACUUGAUCAAGUAAUAAAAGAAAUAAAACCGAAUUCUUUAAAAAAUAAAAAGGUAAAAAAAAAAAAAAAACUACUACGAACCAAAUUCCCUGCGAUUCAGUGUGCUGCCAGGGAAUUUUUUAUUGCUAUUUUGUCAAUGUUGAUGAUGUACUGUACUACCAGUUGGUUUUCCUCUCCAUUCCCUGUCACCUCAUAGAAUAUUCUUUGUUGAUCAUUGUUGUAUGUUAAUAGUGUAUAAAUGGCUUAUCUUGUAAGAGUGCUGUCCUGAUGGUAGUGUAGUGAAUUUUCCCCCCCUUUUCUCUCUUCCUCUCCUAGUACAUAUUGGUAGGUGUAUCGUAAUUAAGGUUAAAAAUUUAGAUGUAGUUAUUCAGAUUUAGGACCAGUAAGGAUAGAACUUUCUCUUAUUUAAGAAAAAAAAAAAAAAGCUAAUAAUUUUGGGAAGGUUUUCCUCUUUCGUUUUUUUCUUCUCUCUUUUUUCUUUCUGUGCUUUUUUUUUCCUCUUGUUUAUUAUUUUUCUUUUGUUGAUCUGAUGCGGUUUCAACUAACCAAAGGUCUCACAAUGUUAAAAAUGCUGGCAAACUCUUAAGGCAUUUGUAGAUCCCCACCCAUGACUUUGGAAAGGGGAUGUGCCAUACUACCUUAAAUGCUAAUGCUAGAUAUGCAAAACUGGAUUUUUUUAAUUUAUUUUUUAAAAGAGGGAGGCACGGUAUAUUAAAACGAUUUUACUAAGAGAAAAAAAAAAAAAACAUAUUUUUUUAAGAAUGCUCAGAAGAAAUUGCUAAUCUGUGUGAAUAUGUUUUAGAUGUUUAUAUACCUUUUGAGAAGUCCCAGUGGCCCAUAGCACAAAUGUCGUGGAAUCCAAGAUGUUUUGAUGUGGCUACCUAGACUAAGGUUCACGUUAGUCCCCCACUCAUCUAGAAAUCAAUUUUGAAAGACUUUUUUUUUUUUUUCUUUUUUCCUUUUUCUUCGUUUGUUUGGGGGUUUUUUGUAAAUUUUUCAGCACAAAGGUUCAGCUCCACCUUUGUUUUACUCAAGCCCAGGAGGGAGCCAGGGAUGGUGGGGACUGGUUUGGGUUGGAAGGACCAGUGCCACCCCUGCCAUGGCAGGGUCACCUCCCGCUGUCCCCAGUGUCCAGCCUGGCCUGGGACCCUCUCAGGACAGCCUCCCUGAGGGACAGGGCCUUUGGCCUCCAGAUCUGCAGCUGGGGUGACCAACAGGAGCCAUUUCCACCACCCUGGGUGACCUGCGGGACAUCCCCAGGAGCCACAAGUGCUUGGGAGCCUCCCCCUUGAGCUCACCCGAGGCCCUCGGGAUCGGCUUGGUUAAGGCAAAGCCUGAUCUGUCCUUUGGGGUUUUUAUUUUUUCUUACACUUCAUAAAUGUUCAUUUUGAGUUGAAUUUGUAGCUUGGACUUUAAGGUAGCAUGGCUCUCUUUGCUGUAAGUUGAUUUAUUUUUUUUUUUCCAUUGUACAGCAGCGUCUGCUGGUGAAUGUCACACAUCUUGCUAGGCUUAGUUAAAUCAUCGGGUAAUUGUGGGUGAUAACGACCUGAAAGGUGUUGGGAUUUCUUUUCUUCCUGCUUUCAUCUGUAGUGUGAAUGAGGGCUAGCGACUCCAGCCACACGUCCCCUCCUGUUUCGUUUCUGCCAUUCACUCAAUGCAACAUAAUCAAUAAUAAAGCAAUAUAGUUUACUACAUUUUUACUGAAGGCCAGCCAUGGUUCUGUAUGAUAUUGCAUAUGAAACUGUUUACAAAAACAAAAAAAAAACCACAAAAAAAAAAAAAAAAAAAGAAAAAAAAAGAGAA